CGCCCGUCUCGAUUGACAUUUCCGCCGAGCCAAUCGCAACUCUCCAAGACACGAAGGCGUGACAUCCGGCCCAGUAGUCAAGUAUUCCAACAUGGCGCUCGUCCAUCUCGAGUGAGGAGUCUCCUUCGGCCUAGUUUCAAGUUGAAAAAGUUUCGCUCGAUUUCUGAUAGUGAAACGCCAUUUUGUCGUCACUUCGUUUGUACUGGCGUUUGGAAAUGAAGGAGAAAGACCGCUCGCCAGUCAGGAAACGUUCGCGGCUGCCAGAUGACGGCAAAGAUCGAAGAGGAAGUCUCGCUAGCAGGAGGAGCGGAGAGCUGCUGACCGUCGCUAGCAAUAACGGUAACAGCUACGUCCCCUGCGCCGCCUCUUCCAGGAGAAACUUACCCGUUGACAAAAGAGACAGCUAUUUAGACAUUCGGACCGGUAAUGGCUAUGAGUACGGUAGCGCCGUUCUCGCAUCACGUAGCGACCCGCGGUCCCCCGAAAAUGAAUACAAGACUCUGAAAAUCAGCGACCUGGGCUCGCAGCUCAACGACGAAGACAUCGAAGACGGACUAUUCCACGAGUUUAAGAAAUUCGGGAACGUGAGUGUGAAAAUGAGUCGGGAGAACGACGAGAGGGUGGCGUUCGUCAACUUCCGGAAGCCCGACGACGCCCGGGCGGCUAAGCACGCGCGCGGCCGAUUAGUACUCUUCGACCGGCCCCUGAAAGUCGACGUUGUGUACAUGAACCGGCGCAGGAGCCGCUCCCCGCUUUCCAAAGACAGUUUCCCAGCAGGACACAGACACGUUCCUCCCCAGAGGUCACUCUCCCCCACUGGUUUGGGCUACAGAGACAUCCGGUUACAGCAAAUGGCGCUGGGCCCUCUGCCUCCUCCUCCCCUGCCUCACCUCACAGAUGUCGAGAGAGAUGCAUAUUAUUCCCUAUACGAGGCCAGGAAUCACGCCGCAUUCCUUCCAGAAUUCCACAACGACAACUUGUCCGAUGAUGACCAAAGGGCAAACCGGACGUUGUUUCUCGGCAAUCUGGACGUCGGCUUGACCGAGAGCGACUUGCGCCGGGCCUUCGACCGCUUCGGCGCCAUAACGGAGGUGGCCAUUAAACGAGCGGGGCGUGACCAGAACAGCGCUUUUGGAUUUGUCAAGUUUGAAAAUCUCGACAUGGCCCGUCGAGCUAAAGCGGCCAUGUCUGGGAAAGUGCUGGGCCAUAACCAGAUUAAAAUUGGAUAUGGUAAACCGACGCCCACUACUAGGCUAUGGGUGGGAGGCCUUGGCUCAUGGAUCUCCCUCGCCGCUCUGGCCAAAGAGUUUGACCGCUUUGGCACCAUCAGGACUAUAGACUACAGGAAAGGCGACGCGUGGGCUUACGUUCAGUACGAGAGCCUGGAUGCCGCUCAGGCCGCGUGCACCCACAUGCGAGGCUUCCCCCUUGGGGGUCCCAAUCGGAGACUCCGAGUGGACUUUGCUGACACUGAGCACCACUAUAACCAACAGCAGCAAUACGCUCAGCCCCCCCUGCCACUCCCACAUUACGACUUAGUCCCUCCAGCGUUCGAUCACCGCUUCGCCGACUCUAUGAGAGCGCGGUCGCCGCUGCUGCCGCCUCCACGUUUCAGAGAGCGCGAUCUCUCCUCUCCCGCUGAAUGGUCCAGCUUGAGUGUCCACGAAAGGAUCCGAGGGUCUGGUUUCCCGCCCGUAGCACAUCUGGAAAGACAUUCCCGUGAGCACUGGCCUGUGGAACGCGAGUGGGAGUUGCAGAGAGGUGCCGCGAGCCGCCGAAGACGACCGCUGGAACACGGUUGGCGUCAGGAUCGCUCCCCUGACAACAACGGCGCGCCUCGCAAUGGCAGCCCCGGCGAGCACAGUCCCGCAGAUGGAGGUGGCGAUAGCGACGGUGAACACUUGCCUCGCUCGGGUAGACCCUCCCCAACCAGAGGGCGCCCGAAUAGUCAGGACAAAAGAAGAAGAGCUGUCAGCCCAACAGCGGCUCCCUCCCAUUCCGAGCGCGCGGGCACCUCGUGCUCCGACAGGGAGCGUAAACGCAAGCCCGGCGACAAAUCGAAAAGCCCGGCGGGGAAGGAGGACGUCUCGGAGCGCCCGUCCACCCAGAAGCUGAGUCAAGUGUGGCGAGGUGUCCUCCUGCUGAAGAACAGCAGCUUCCCCACAGUGCUGCACCUGCUCGACGGCGACACGGCGGUGGUCUCCAGACUGCUCCUGGAGGGCUCCAAAGGCGGCCAGACGUCGCAGCUGAAAAUCAGCCAGCGCCUGCGGAUGGACCGGCCCAAGCUGGACGAGGUCUCCCGCCGCAUCAAGGCCGCCGGACCGAGCGGCUACUCCGUCCUGCUUGCCAUGCCCGGGAACUCCGAGGACGCCGCAGCGCCAGACGGCAAAGACUCGACGGAGCGUCCUCUGAAGAACCUGGUGUCCUACCUGAAGCAGAAGGAGGCGGCCGGCAUCGUCAGCCUCCCCGUGGGGGGUGCCCGCGACAAGGAGCACAGCGGUGUGCUUCAUGCGUUCCCCCCAUGUGAGUUCUCACUGCAGUUUAUGGAUGAGUCUGCAAAGGCUUUUGCUAAAUCAGAUGACGACUACAUGGUGAUGGUCAUUAUUAGAGGUGCAUCAUGAGGGGGGAAAAAAUACACACACACACACACAAAAAAAAAAAAACCUAGUGUCAUGAUCUGUGUAGUGUGCUCUGUAGAUUAGUUUACCUAAGAUGUGUUUCACUGUUUUAUCAUCAACUCCAAGUCAGUUUGAAUUUGAAUAGUUUCUGAACAUAUGCUGCCCUCUGCUCUUUAGUUAGGUGCAUUUGAAAACUAUUUAAACAAAUGUGAAAAUUGCUUCUUCUGACUGUAAGUGAUAAACGUUCGAGGGGUGAAUCUGACAAAAAAAAGUCUUAUUUUUUUAUGUCAAUCUGAUAUGCGGACCCCCACAAAAAAAAAACAAUACAUUUGAAUGAGUGUUAAAACAUUUGAUGCCAUAGUUUCGGGACACAUUUGAAGGUUCUGUAAAAUCUGUGAUAGCGUUUGCAACAAGCGGCCAAUCCACAGAAGAGCAUUGCAGGAAUUCUUCAGUUUAGUUAUUUUUAUUGUUGACUAGAAAUUUUGAUGCAGCGUAUUUGUGAACUGGCUUACCUAAUAAUUUCCUUUCAUUAUUUCCUAAUUGACGUGUUGAAAUUUUUCACGUUGGAAAACAAAACUAGUGUGAAAAAUCUUGAAAAGAGCCAAUUUUUUCCCCCUUUUUUUUUUUUAAGUUUUGCACAAUGUGAGAAAACGUAACAUUUGUUGAGAUUGAACCACCUAGAAACACGACCUAAUCAAUCCAGUGUCAAAAUUUGUCAUUUCAUUUGUGUAAUGAGCAAAAAAAAAGUGUAUUGGGUUUAAAAAAAAAAAUGCAUCAGGAACGUGCGAUUGAAACAACAAAACCUUGAUUGGAAUGGACUCAAUCGAUGAAUCACGACCAGAAGGAGGGAAGGGUGCAGUCCUCCCUCAAACGGGACUUCUCUUGUUUCUCGCCAUGUCUUGUUUUAUUGUUUUUUUUUUUUUUUUUCCAAAUGGAACAUGUGUGUGCUGUGUACUCAGGAUAUCUGGACACGCACACGGAGAGCGGCCGUGCUCGUGGGGAGUAAACAAAGUGCACUUCGCAGAUUGUGUCUCAAUAAAUUUGCUCAUUCGUGGGAACCUCAAGGAAAGACUACCUUUGUGACCUUUUCUGUUCUCGGAUUUGUCUAACCACCGCUAAAGUCUCAUGGGGCUUGUUGACAGCGGGAAUCUUCCCAGCAACCAGGAGAGGAAGUGUCGAGUUCUGAGGAACAGAACCGAUCGAAUCGGUUUGUUGAUUUACAAUUGAUAAGACCUCUUUGCAAUGUGAUUUCAAGUCCCAUCUGCUUGGCCUUCUUGUAGGCCUCGGGUCUCAUCUGGACCGCUGGUGCAGUUGCCCCAGGUCGACGCGGAGGCAUGUUUUGUUUUGCGUUGUCUUCUCGCGAGACUUCACACACGCGCGCAUCUUUUCUGCAACAGAGAGCAGCAGCGCCAUCUUUAUAUGACAUUAACUGGAAUGGAACAAAGGCAGCCGUCCACGUCAGACCCUUUAUUACUGAGGGAUGACUUACAUAUUUUUGAUGUACAAAAUAGUCUGUUGACAACUCCUCGUGACAUUAAGACUCAACGGCAACAUCACGGACAUGGCUAGUCCUCAUCUUCGACGUGUUGGACUGGACGGACUUCCCUGGGACCCGAGAGUUCCUGGUCCUGUGGUUUGGACACGUCCACUUCCGUUUCACCGGUCAGGUGUGUCCCCAACUUGAAUGCUGUGGAUGGGCUUCCAGACCUCAUUGCUGUAGAAAGCUGACAGAAGUUCUUUGCAGAGGUAGGAAAACUACUUGUGUUGACCUUUUCCUGCUGUCUUCAUCCCUUUUUCAGUGGUUUGCAAGAGAGGUUAUUGAGAUGAGCGACAGAUUUGGCAUCGGCAGUCCAGUUCAGGUAAGUGGACUUCAGCGUUGCCCUGCAUAUAUGUAAAGCGCCCCGCACGCUGAGCAAAUGGACUCAUGAUGAAAAUGAUUGGUUCUCUCGACAGCCAGUUUAAUUCUUCUUCUUUAGUGAUAAUCUGUGGAAUCUCAUAAUUAAAAGACGUAGUUCCAAUUCACACUUCUCAAACAUUGAUGUGAGUUUAACUGUAUAUUAUUUUUAUUGUGGUUCUUUUGGGCGUGCACAAGCUUCAGUGGAUUAAUUUUUUAAACAAGUCAUUUUCGGUUUGAAAGAUAAACCGGAGGUCAUAAUUGUAUUCUUGAGUGUUUCAGAUGCUCAUCGCGUCAUGAGCAUAUUCCAGCAAAUGAGCUUUAAUCAUCCGUAAUGACAGGCCAUAAAUUCAUGGUGACAGGUAGGCCAUCCCCCGGUGAGUACUUCAAAGUAUAUCAAUGAUUGUGCAGUGUUUAUACAUUCUGAUUUUGUUUUGUCAAAUAAAGCCAGUUGUUGAUGAAAAAUCAAACUCUUGCAUUCUUUUUCCCCAUGUAUUAAAAUGAGCUAUUUUAGACAAGGUGGUUUUGAAGUGAUCUUAUGAUGGGUGUUAAGACUAUAGACUGUUUUCGACCACGUGAGUACAUCUGUCGCACCUGGCCAUGUUGGAUGGGUAAAAAGGUCUGGAGACCUACAGGAAAUUCAUCAAUGGCUGUGUUCGUCUUGCGGCGGUAUCCAUUGUAAGCAACCUGUCUCCCCACACUGCUCAGGUUAGUUUACCGCACAAUGCAAUUUAAAUAUGUACCGCGUGAUUAUAGUUAGCGUUGUGUUAAACUAUGUUGAUUAUACCAACGAAAGAGGUGUAGAUUAUUUUCGUUUUUGUUACCCAGAGAGAGAGAGGUUCGACCGGGACGAGUCCCAAGUGGAGGCCGCAACUCUUUCUCCACUUCCACGGCUACAUUUUUAACUCACCUCACGAAACAGCUAGAGCGGUGCGGUAACUCGUUUUUGCAAACUUAUUAUAAUAAAACAGAAACUACA